AUGGCUCAAAUGUUGAGCUUCAUGAAGGACAUUAAGGAUGAACAGGAAAGAGCUAGGGAAGCUCGGAAUCGGUAUGAGGAGACGCCAAACGAUGGCAAUCCACUGUUAGGAUAUGUUCGAGGCUUUGACCCUCAUAAGUCAAACACCCAUUCAUCAAAGAGGGUUACCAAAACCCAUGAAGAGGGAGAAGCCUCCCAUGAAGGAUUUAUUCCCGCCACUCAGAAAGAGGGGGCGCCUCGCACUGUUCGCAUCCCUGCUAACAAUCCACCCAAGGAUGAGGAUUAUGUAGAUUUACAAUAUGGGGAAGUGGACGAACCAAAUCAGGAGUCCCAACAUAAGCAAACCCAAGCUGAUUCAGAGGAAAGUGCUAGAAAUAGUGGACAAAUCAAGGCGCUGGAAGAAAGGUUGAAGGCAGUAGAAGGAUAUGAUGUCUUUGAUUUAGUGGAACUCAGGCCUAUGCCACCUCCGAUUCCCGAAAAGACUAUGCCCAAUUUCAAAGCUAAUGAGAGGUGUGAAUUUCACGCCAAUUCUCCGGGGCAUACAUUGGAAAAGUGUUGGGCCUUUAGGCACAAGGUUCAGGACCUGAUAGAGUCAGGAGCAAUUGCUUUUGACAAACCUAAUGUGAAGACAAACCCUAUGCCCCGCCAUGAUGGCACAGUCAAUGCAAUAGAGGUAGUCACCGAGCAAGAGUUUGUUCAACAACAGAGCUCCCCCAUAGAUGCCCUUAAGAGGUAUCUACUUGCAAAGGGGUUCGUCCUCGAACAUAACGAAGCCUUUAAGACAACCUUGCAAAGACUCGUGAAUCAAGGGGUAGUUCAGUUUAAAGAAUAUCCUGAGGAAGAGUAUGUGGCCAUGCUGGACAGGAAUGAACCGUUGAUGAUACCAAGGCAAGGGGCAAGGAAGACAUUGAUCAUCCCUUGCGCCAAAGCCCCAUUGCUGAUACCCACACAAGUACACACUAGGAUUAUCCCAGUCAGGGAUCCAUACCCUGUGGACAAAAUGAAAGCAGUCCCGUGGGAAUAUGAGUCUAAUGCUAAUACCGAUGUGACAAACAUCGUCGGGCCUGGGGGUAUGACUCGUAGCGGUCGCAUAUUCAAUACUGCAAAAUCAAAGGAGAACUCAGCACAAGCAAAUGAUCAAGCUACUGUGGCCCCUACUGAAAAAAGCACACCCAUAGACAAGGAGACCACUAACAAAGAUGCCGAAGAGUUUUUGGCAUUGAUCAAGAAAAGUGAUUAUAAGGUAGUGGAUCAGUUGCACCAAACUCCAUCCAGGAUAUCACUCCUCUCGCUGUUAAUUCAUUCAGAAAAGCACCGAGACACCUUGAUGAAAAUCUUGAGUGCUGCCCAUGUAACCAAAGACAUCACUAUGAAUCAAUUUGAUGGAAUGGUGGCUAAUCUUACUGCUGGGGCAUGCUUAAGCUUCAGUGAACACGAGUUGCCCUCACAAGGGAAAGAGCAUAACAAAGCCCUGCAUAUCUCCAUACAAUGUGGGAAAGCUCAUCUGUCUAGAGUGCUGAUCGACACAGGGUCGUCAUUAAAUGUGAUGCCAAAGGCCACCUUAGACAAAAUAGAUUUGGAAGGACUAGUAAUAAGACCAAGCCGCCUGGUGGUCAAAGCCUUUGAUGGGUCGCAAAGCCCGGUGUUUGGAGAGGUGGACCUCCCUGUGGUAAUAGGCCCUCACACUUUCUGCAUCAAUUUCCAAGUGAUGGAGAUUGAGCCUGCCUAUACAUGUUUAUUGGGACGCCCUUGGAUCCAUGCUGCUGGGGCAGUUACCUCUACCCUGCAUCAAAAGGUGAAAUUUGUGGAUGGAAACUCUAUAGUAACCGUCAGUGGGGAGGAGGACAUAUUUGUCAGCAAUCUAGACUCAUACCGAUACAUUGAGGCUGGGGAAAAAGCAUUAGAGACUUCGUUCCAAGCACUAGAGAUUGCCACUGCUGUCACACUGCCAAUUGAGAAAACGCGAAGGGCGGCCCUCACAGGAAGAAUAGCUAGAUGGCAAAUGCUGCUGUCAGAAUAUGAUAUUCAAUACGUCACUCAAAAAGAAAUAAAAGGGAGUGUACUGGCAGAACAUCUAGCUCAUCAGCCCAUUGAAGAGUAUCAGUCUAUGAAAUUCGACUUCCCUGAUGAGGACAUUAUGUUGGUAAGAGACUAUGAAAUACCUGGGCCCGAUGAAGGACCCGAGCCAGGAUUGAAUAUGAAGCAUGCAUAUUGGGUCUAG